CAUCCCGAUUUUUCAUACUUGCUGUCUGGUCACUAGAGGUUGCUGACCACUGCUCCAGACCAUUCAUUAGCAGGGAAGAGCUCUCAGGCCUCCCUGCAGGUUUAUUGAGUAACGGGCUCUGGAAGCACAGUUCCUUCCUAGGGGAGAGUCACUGACAUUCAGCUUUAUCUCCCCAGCUACAGAGCCAUCCUGUGAAUCCUUGUCAGACAGACACCAUUUCCUCUUUGGUGGGGCUGUGCUCAGCGUUACUGAUAAUUAUCAGCAGAAGCCUCCAUCAAACUCUGAGAUCAUGCUGCAGCUGUUUAUAUUUUGUAGCACUUUGGGCUUGAGCUGACGUACUCAAAUGAAAAUAACUCACUGGGUUCACGCACAGCUUUUCAAUAACUUGCUUCAGUGAACUCAGGAAAGGGGCCAGGGAGACCAACAGCUGGCUAGCUCAGCUGGUUAGAGCGUGGUGCUAAUAACGCCAAGGUCAUGGGUUCAAGCCCUAUGCUGGCUAUUCUGUGUGCCGGAUGGAGAGGGUAGCUUCUGCUCAUUGUGGGAGAGAGAAGUCAGUGGUUUGAGCAUUGGCCUGCUAAGCCCAGGCUUAUGAGCUCAAUCCUUGAGGGGGCCAUUUAGGGGUCUGGGGAUUGGUCCUGCUUUGAGCAGGGGGUUGGACUAGAUACCUCCUGAGGUCCCUUCCAACCCUGAUAGUCUAUGAUUCUAUCCCUUCUUUAACCCAGAGCAGGUACAGACUUGACAAACAGCAGGGCCAGCUAACCAACUGGUCUCACGUGGAACAUGCUGAAAACUAUCAACUGCCCUGAAAUGAGGCUGCAGCCUCAAUAAAACUCAAAGUGGCCACUCAGCCUGGGCUGGUUUGUGAGCAGGGCAAGGCCCUGCCUCUUGGGACAACUGCUGCUCUGCAGCCCUCAUGCAUUUCAAAAUGUUACCUGCAGCUGAAGCAGGGCCCUAUGUGUGCUGGAUGCCACUUAGCCACCAGGAAAGGUCAUGAAUCCAGAGAAGACAAGGCCCGGUUGCUAGUGUGCCAUGAAUGUAAACUUUCUUCAGGCCUAGGAGUAAAGAGGGGAGGUGCAGGCGGCUGCCAAGGGCUGUUGAGAUAUCUGAUCCUGUUUGUAUGGGUUUAUAUUCUGAACUGACUCUGAGGUGGCCAUACUUGUCACUUCCAGGAAUAUUCUGCAGCAGGUCCAGAUUAGAGUAAUUUGAACCAGGAUUUAGCCUUGACAAUGAGAGAGGGCCCUGCAGUACCAAGAGCUGGAAAUCUCCAGCCAUGAGUCUGUCUGUAUCCUUUUGCUGACAUCAGAAAUGACUCUAUGCUCAGACUACACAGCACAAUGAGACAAACCAUUGGACACAGACAUGGGCUGUGACCCAAGAACCCCUUAAUGCCAUCUGGCAAGGCAGUUAUAGGAAUCUCAUGAGCCUGGUGUGUACAUUCUAGUUUACCAAAGAAUGUCAUGUGAGGUCUCAAACGAAAGGGGGAGGAUCACAUUGGUUAGUAAUUUCAUUGUAAAAGAUAUAUACACAUACAAUGUAAGAAGUUAUGUAUAUAUACUGAAAAUAUGCAUCAAGGUAUCAGUCACCAGCCAAAGUAUAAAACAUAUUUCUGUCACCCAAGAGAUGUUUAUGCAUCUGUCUCUUUGACAGGAUGUAAGUUAAGCACUGUAAACUAACACAAUGAAUGCCUAUUUAUGUAUCAAAUCAACAAAGAGAUGUGACGUCAACAGGGAGGCAGCACACAGGAAAAAACAAGCCAAGUGUAGUUAUCCUGGCUGCGUGCAAAGACAAUGAACUUUGGGGAGGAAUAUGUAGAAGGCAAAGAAGAUGCCCUCCUCUCAUCCUGCAGGUAGGAGAUUACUCCCAGAACAGCACCAACGAGCAAGUGGUUACAUCAGCAAACACUCUGUGUCCCCGGGCCAUCCCAGGAGAGAAGGUGACUCGUGGCAACAUCACCUACCUGUCCAUCCAUGAGGACUCCCGCUCUCAGCUGAGCAGUGCAGUGACAGUGUGGCUCAUCCCCUGCCUCUACACUGCUGUCUUCCUGGUGGGGCUGCCAGCCAAUGGGCUGGCCCUCUGGGUUCUAGCAACUAGGAUUGAGAAGCUGACCUCCACCAUCUUCCUGAUGAACCUGGCUGCAGCUGACCUGCUCCUGGUGCUGGUGCUACCUUUUAAGAUCUCCUAUUACUUCCUGGGGAACCAUUGGCCCUUUGGGGAGGGCCUGUGCCGGCUCACCACUGCCGCCUUCUAUGGGAACAUGUACUGUUCUGUGCUACUGCUCAUGUGCAUCAGUGUUGACCGGUACUUGGCUGCAGUGCACCCUUUCUUCUCCCGCUCCUUCCGCAGCCCAGGCUUUGCCGCCUGCACCUGCCUCAGUGUCUGGCUCAUCACUGCUAUCUUCACCUUGCCCUUGACCCUCUUGCAGCAGUCCUACCCCCUGGAUAAGGCAAACAUCACUCUCUGUCAUGAUGUUCUCCCCAGGCAUGAGGAUGCUGAGUACUACUACUACUACUUUGUGUGCUUGAUCGUCUGCGGCUUCCUUGUCCCCUUAGUGGUGAUGCUGUUUAGCCACUGCUCGGUGCUGUGGAUCCUGCUGGGCAGUGGAGAGAGGUACGCAUAUGCCAUGAAGCUCACGGUCCUUGUGCUGAUCACAGUCGUGGUGUUCUACACACCCAGCAACAUCCUUCUCCUUGUCCACUAUUCCAGCAACUGCUCCAAGCUCUAUGGGGACUUGUACAUCAGCUACAUGGUGAGCCUGGCCCUCAGCAGCUUCAACAGCUGUGUUGACCCCUUCGUAUACUACUAUGUCUCUGAGGACUUCAGAAACAAGGUGAGGCGGAGAAUUUUUAGCCGCAGCAAGCAAACCAUCACAUCGCUGAAAACCUCUAAAGAGACUCUCCCUCAGAAGAGCUCCCACUCACAGUCCCUGGUGUGAGGUGCUGGCACCCUUCAUUCCCAUGCCAUCUGCUCACUCCAGGGCUGAGGUUCAGACACAGAUUUAGAGCUCUGAGGUAUAGUCUAGGUAGGAAGCUAAUGCAGGCAGGAAGGUGAAGGAGACAGAUUCUUAAGACUGAAUUCAUCAGGGCCUUACGAACUCCUAAGAGGCUUGGAGCCCAAAUUUUGAUGGUGACCACUGUAUGAAUACUAACCUGUAACAGGGACAGCACAUAUGACUUCCCAUACAGCUGCUCUGCCCCCUUACUAUGCUCACUGGGUGUUACAGGCAGGCUGUAUAGUCGACUCUACAUAUAAUAGCAGAGAUUGCUGGGGGAAGGAACAUAGAGCAUUUGAGGGAAAAGUGGAAGCUUGGGAAUGCAUUUGCCCAGUAUUAAAACCUGCCUGAGCAAACUGACGGAGGAGGGCAACUUACAGCCACCCACACACUAGUCUCAGCCUCUGAGCCCACACGUCUUGUUCACAGAGCCAUUUGGCUGGCGUGUCAGGUAGUUGCUCUGCACACAGCAUGUGUCCAUACGCAGGCAAAGUUAGAAUCUUCUUACCUGACUUGGUAAACUCUCAUUCAUGGAAAUGCCAGAGUCUCCUGUUCCUAGCAAGGUCAAUUUUAUCCCUAUUUCAGCAAAAAGAAGUACAUUUAGGGGAAGUAGAGAAAGAGUUUUAGAGUUAGAGAGAGAAAGUGGGAGUCAGGACUCCUGGAUUCUAUUCCAUCCUCUCUCUCUUCCGCUGAUAUGCUCUGUGCCCUCGAAUAAGUAAUUUACUCUCCUUGCACCUCAGUAUCCCUAGCUGUAAAACGGAGAGGAUACUUAUAAGGAUAAAUUAAUUAAUGUUUGUAAAAUGCAGUGAGAUCCUCACGUGAGAUGCAUUGUUUCAUGCUAAUUAUUCUAUGUGAAUGAGGUGAAAUGUCAGCUUCUCUGAUAAGGUGCUUCUCACUUUGCAAAUCCUCAGCCCAUUGCUGGUAAGAAAUGUACAAACAAUAUCCACCCAUU